AUACUCAGCGGCGAGUCCUAGUACGACAUUUGCGUAGUUUCUGUCAGUUCACCGAAGGGCGAGGUCUUCACUGUGUUCCACACUCGCACAUCUGGCGGCGUGGACAUCUAGGCCCAUUUCUGCCUUACAUUUAAAGUGUCUAUUGAUGCGAAGUAUUUCAAAGCCACGGAUUGCUUGCGUGUUCUCUAGAACAGUGGAAGCACAUUCCUUUGGCAACUACUUUGGAGUGUGGGUGGCUACGUUGCAUCUCCAAUGCAAUCUGAUAGUUUGUUCUACUUGUAAGAAGUGGGCCGCAGAAAUACAGCAGAAAGCUGGAAAUACGGAGCGUGCGCAGAGAGCGCUGGGUGCGGCCGUCGUGAUGUUGCAGGCUCGCACCCCACUUACUUUUUCCCCUCUGACGGCGUCGAUAUCUGUUUCUGUCUCCUAUUUUCCUUCGACUCCAAGUUUGCUACUGGAUCUGAAAGGGAACGCUGAAGAAAACUAAAUCAAAGCCGU